AUGGUGAGUCAUUUUGAUAAGAAAAAUGUAGAAAAACAAGAUUUUUAGGAUCAGAAAACAUUGCAACGUUUGGAAGAAUUCGAAAAUUCCAAGCAAUUCUACGAUGCAUUGCAAUUCUAUCGCACCAAAGUGACACGUAGUUUUCGGCUAAAAAACGCGCUCGAAUUAUCGAAUCCGCUGGUGAAACAUGCUGUUGACUUCUUCCUUCGCGAAAAACAAUAUCAAUGCGCGAUUGAUAUCAUCACAUUGUAUGCGGAGAGUUUGGAGAAAAAUGGGGUGGAGCUAGAUGACGUGGCGAUGGAUUUGAUUGCUGAAACUUCGGCUAAACUUGUGGAGGUUAUUGAAGAUGAUGAUAAUGAAUUUAGUGAGGCUGAUGAGAGUUUGUUGGUGGCUUCGAGACGGAAAUUUGUGGAGAUUUCGAUUCAAUGGUGAUUUUUUUGAAAAAGUUGCAUCAUUGUAUCUAGAUUUUCAUUUUCUAGAUGUUUUUGAGCUGCUGAUCACGAUUCUUUUGUCUAAAAUUGCAAAACUCCACUUCUUAUGUGAGUUAUGACGUGGCAUUUCGGAAAAUUGCGACUUUGGGAGGAAAUCUGAUAGCAUAGCGUCGUUCAGGCUGUUUCUGACAACGUGAAGUUUACUUAUGUAUUAGAACAUCCUGAAAAAUCAGAUUAUCAUGAAAAUCACGAGUUUCGACCUCCCAAAAUCCUAAUUUUUGGAAAUUUUCCAACCUUGUCACGUCAUAACUCAAAUUAGGAGUUGAGUUUUGUAAUUCUAAACAAAUAAUAUUUUCAUGUUUUUCCAGGUCAAAAUCAAAAUCCAAAACCGAGCAAGAACAAGAAUGUGGCUCCUAUCAACUUCAUUAUCUUUUUGCCAAAAAAUACGCAGAAAAAAGUUCCGUAGAACUCGCCAAAAAUCAUUAUUUACUAGCUGAAAAUCCUCAAGAAUUCUCGGAUUUUCUCCUAGAAGUCACCAAAAAUUCGAUAGAAAUCGAGGUGGAUUUGCUGAUCGCUCAAAUUGUUCUUCAACUCCUAUGUAUCGAUCGAUUUCCGUAUGCGAAACAGGUUUUUGAGGAAUUCACCAGGAAAAUUGGCGCGAAAACGGGGGAGAAGCAGGGUUUCGAUUUGCCGCUUUUGAAUUUUAUCAAUAUUUUAUUUGAUGUUGUUGCCAAGGUUGAUGUGACACAGUAUGCUGUGAUUGUGGAGACGUAUGUUAGUGAAAUUGAGAGAGAUGAGACUUUUAAAGGAUAUUUGUCAAGAGUGAGUUUUUUGGGGUUUAAAAUCAUUUUUGGGCGCCAGAAUUUGAUCUACAGUAAUUUAGGGUGGAUUUUUGGCGCCUAAAUCUUUUUUUGCCACGUGGUUUUUUCAAAACUCAAAUUGUUGUGCCAGAAUUUGAUCUACAGUAAUUUGGAGAACCACGUGAAACUUUUUGGCCCCAGAAUUUGAUCUACAGUAGUCUUGAGCUCAUAGCUACCGUAAUUUUGGGGCCAAAAUAGAGCUACAGUAGUCCUGAGCUCAUGGCUACAGUAAUCCGAAAUCCACGUGUAUUUGUGGGUAAAUCAAAUUUUGACCCUAGAAUUGGACCUACAGUAGUCCUGAGCUCAUAGCUACAGUAAUCCAGAUUCCACGUGUAUUUGUCAGUAUUACUGUAGAUCAGAAUUUUGGCGGGGCAAUUUGAUCUACAGUAGUCCUGAGUGCAUAGCUACAGUAAUCUAAGAUCCACGUGGAUUUGUGGAUAAAUCAAAUUUUGACCCCAGAAUUUGACCUACAGUAGUCCUGAGCUCAUAGCUACAGUAAUCCAAAUUUCACGUGGAUUUUUUCGGGUUCAAAAAACCCUUCUUAUUAUCAAAAACCCAUGAAAUGAGGUACUGUAUUUAAAGGAACAUGACAAAUUUGACAACUUGGGGGUCUCGUAGCGAUUAAUGUGGAUUUUUUGUGCCAAAAAAUCCUACUGUAUUUAAAGGAACAUCACAAAUUCAAUUUCUUUUUUUUCCAGAUCGGCAAAAUCUAUUUCGGAAUCCGCGACCAAGUGCCAAUGGCGGGCGGUUUAGCCGGAAUGCUUUCCGGAUUGAUGGGCGGCGGAAUGGCGGCGGAAAAAGAAGAGACCGCCAAAUCGCAUCUCAACUCAAGCCCUCCACAAAAAAUCGCCAAAUUCUCAGUUCCUGCAAGUGUUGCUCAGGCUCGCGCAAAGAAUGCCGCGUCCGCAAUCAAAGCCGCAACCUCUUCCGCUUCCAAAAAACCGGCCACUGCUCCUGUGGAUGAUGACUUGGAUUAA